UUUUUUUCUACAAAUCUUUGAAUAAUCUUGGAGAAAAGAACUUGGAACCUGCUUGCCGGCGUCAUCAGCGCUAUCUCAAGCUGCUAAAAUGGCGUCUGGAAAUAUAAUUAACAAACGAAAAAAUGAUAAAUCGGCAGCAAGAAAAUCUAAAUACUUAGAAAAAGUUCCCACCAGAUUUCCACGGAUAAACCCUGAUAAAAUUCCUGCUCCAAUCACUAAUACUGCCAGAACUCUGCUGGAUUUUAGACUUGCUAAAUAUAAACAAGAACAUUUGACCAGAGAAUUGGUACAAGCUGCCAUCAAAUGUAAGACCGUCACAAAAGAAACCAAUGAUAAAAUCCCAGAACUUGUCCCUGUUCAAUAUCCUCCAGAGAUGAUGAGUCAUACAAGAGCUGUCAGAGAAAACUACUUGUGUUUACGGAAAAAAGUCUGGGAUGGUUCAUUGGUGCCAAUCCAAAGUGAGUGGUUUGAGCGUAUUCUAGAGAGGAUUCCAGAGAAGCUGAAGAACUUACCAAAUUCUCAAGCAGUGCUUAGUGAUAUGUUCGAAGAGGUUGUAGCAAACUAUGAAAGUAGUAUGAGAAUAUCUCGAGUUCAGCAUGUUUUACUGAAACCAGAUGUAUCUGGAUUAUCAGAAGAGGAUAAUGCAGGACCACCACCACGUGAACCACUUGGUCUUAAUUAUUCCAAAGAAUGGCACAAGAGGUUCAAAAUUCAUCGCAAAGCCAUUCAGCAGAACCUACACCUCUUACAUCCACUCACACAGAUUCUUUUGAAUGUCUGUCAGACAACAUUAAGUCACAUGACUUUAUUAAACUUAUCAGGGCUCCGGGCUCAAGGUGCUAUAGAAUUAGGAACUUUGAGGAAUAUGGUUAUGUUGGAACUGGAAAAAGCUAAUGACAAAUUAAAGAACAGCUGGUACCCGACAAUAAUAAACAUAUUUACUGAUGCUAAAUCAUUGAAGAUGAAAGGAAGCAAACUGGACUCCUUUUUCACAUCUAUCACCACCAUUCUAUCAAAUCAGUUAAAAGAUAUUUUGGUACGGACCAUCAAUGACUGGAUAUCCCUGUUUGACGAAGACAACUUAAAGUACCUGCCUCUCCUGAAAAUGGAACUGACGUUUGAUGAUGAGAAAAUGCAGUUCUACCCACCAUCCGGUGAUUUAGAAGAGAGUUUGAUUUAUGUUGUCGAAACGAUAUGCAACACUCUGCAGAAGAUACCUACAGUUCAGUGCUGGCUGGCUGAAUCCCAAAGCAGCAAUGAAUAUAUUGAUGCCACCGUUGCAGACCACAUCGUUCAGAAUGCCAAAAGCCAACUCCAGAAGGCUGUUGAUAGGAAUUUCCAUGAUCCUCAAAACCAACUUCAGUCUUUCGUGGAUGAAUAUGGUUAUAUGGUUGAUGGAUCAGCUUCUGUGCAAAUUGAGAAAUUCAUUAGUGAAGACCGAAGUUUUGAAGAAUACAUCGAGUACAUUGGUCAUUUCCAAAACGUUGCUUACACCAUCCUGGGACUACCAAGAAUCAAACAGUUUGAUAUGAUCCAGUUGGAUUGUGAAGAUCUCAAACUUGGGCUUGUGAAGGUUGCCCGAGCACAUGCUGAAACACUCCUCCAUAAAGUCGCUGCAGAUCAUCGGAAAGAGAACUUAUGGAUUUGCCAGGAAUUCGAACAUAUCAAGCAGAGAGCUGAGAAAGAGCCAGAAACCAGUGAAGAAUUAAUGGACAUGAUUAAUUUUGUGGAAUAUACUCAGUCUGCUGGACUGACAAACCUGGGCUUACACAUCGAAGAAAUUCAGAAGAGACUAUCAUACCUGGUUGAUAAUUACCAAUUCCCAGAAGAAGACAUUGAGCUGAAUGCCAUAGUCCUUACGUGGCCCGAGAACAUUAAUGCAGCUUUCGAUGAAGAUUUGAUGGACUUCUAUAAGCAGAGAGGAGAGAAGAUAUUGCUAGAACGCCGAGAGAAGUUGGUAUUGGAAUUGGUAAAGUUGAGGCACCGUGUUGAUGAAUUCAAUGAUUUUGGUGAACUUGACAUGAUGCAGCAAUACAUCAAAGACGGUGCUGCAGUACAGAAACGGUUGAACGAAGCAAGAACACAAGUUACUUGGAUCAACAAGGAAGAAGUACUAUACAAGUACCCACUGACUCAUUAUCCAGACAUUGAUGAAAUCACGACACUCCUCGAUCCAUUUGUCAGACUCUUCACUGUUAUUGUUAAAUGGCAGAAGUCAGAGAGAAAGUGGAUGGAUGGGUCAUUCCUGGAGCUGAAUUCCGACGAUGUUGAAAAAGGUGUGGAAGAGUUUACUCGAGAGAUUUAUAAGCUGCAUAAAAUAUUCAAGACAAAGGAAAAGAAACUGGUGAUGGAGAAGGAUGAGCGGGAGAGGGAGAAGAAGAAAAAGAGGAGAAUGAUGGUAGUGGAAGAAGAAGAGGUGGAGCCUGAAGAGGAGCUGCAUCUACCUGUAGGACCCAGGGUGUGUGAUACGGUGCUGGAGGAACUGAAACAAUUCAAGAAAAACAUUCCUCUAAUAACAAUAAUGUGUAACCCUGGGAUGAGGUCACGUCACUGGGAGCGCAUGUCAGAAUUGGUGAGUUUCAAUCUCACCCCUGACACCGGAACUACACUUCGCAAAGUGCUAAAGUAUGAGUUAGAAGAAUAUUUGGAGGAUUUUGAAACAAUAAGUGUCGGUGCUUCAAAGGAGUUCACUUUGGAGAAAAACAUGAUAAAGAUGAAAGAGGAAUGGGAGGACGUUUGUCUCAGUACUACCUUGUAUCGUGACACAAACCUAUCAAUCUUGUCUUCUGUCGAUGAUAUACAGACGAUGCUUGAAGAUCAGAUCAUUAAAACCCAGACCAUGAGAGGUUCUCAUUUUAUAAAACCGUUUGAGAAAGAUAUCAAGGAAUGGGAAGAGAAACUGAUUCGGAUCCAGAGUACCAUUGAGGAAUGGCUGAAGGUACAGGCGCAGUGGUUGUACCUGGAGCCUAUAUUCUCAUCAGAGGAUAUCAUGCAACAGAUGCCUGAGGAAGGAAGGUUCUUCCAGUCAGUUGACAGCAGCUGGAAGAGUAUUAUGAAGAAUACAUUGAAAGACCCCAAGGUUAUGGUUGCAACAAACCUGAAGGGUAUGUACGAGAGGUUAAUCGAAGCUAAUCUUUUAUUGGAGAAAAUCAACAAAGGGCUGAAUGCAUACCUGGAAAAGAAGAGACUAUUCUUUCCAAGGUUCUUCUUCUUGUCUAAUGAUGAAAUGCUGGAAAUUUUGUCUGAGACAAAGGACCCACUGCGUGUUCAGCCUCACCUGAAGAAGUGCUUUGAAGGUAUAGCCAAAUUGGAGUUUGAUUCCAAGCUAGACAUAUUAGCCAUGUUUAGCAGUGAAGCUGAGAAAGUUCUAUUUAAGAAAACUGUAUCAACGUCAGCAGCUCGAGGUGCAGUUGAGAAAUGGCUGCUUGAAGUCCAAGAUUCCAUGUUACUGUCUGUGAGAAGCGUCAUAGAAGAAGCUGUCCAUGAUUAUCUUAACAUCAGUCGUAUUGACUGGGUACGGAAGUGGCCAGGACAAGUGGUAUUGUGUGGCUCUCAGAUCUACUGGACCAAAGAGACCCAGGAAGCGAUACAAGCUGGCUCAAAGGGCUUGCUUGACUACCAUGUUGUGCUGAAGAACCAAAUGAUCGACAUUGUCCAACUCGUCCGAGGUAAACUUAGCAAGCAGACCAGAACAACUUUGGGAGCGCUGGUCGUCAUUGAUGUCCAUGCGAGAGAUGUUGUUAUGGACAUGGCAAACAGAGGUGUUGCAUCAGAUGCUGACUUUAACUGGCUGUCACAGUUGCGAUAUUACUGGGAAGAGGACAAGUGUCUCGUAUGUUUGAUCAAUGCCACAGUUAAUUAUGCAUACGAGUAUUUAGGUAACACACCUCGCCUUGUCAUCACCCCACUUACCGACCGCUGUUACAGAACGCUCAUUGGUGCCUUCCAUCUCCAUUUAAAUGGUGCACCUGAGGGCCCCGCAGGAACUGGUAAAACAGAGACAACAAAAGAUCUUGCUAAAGCUCUGGCUGUACAAUGUAUAGUAUUCAACUGCUCAGAUGGCCUGGACUAUAUUGCCAUGGGAAAAUUUUUCAAAGGUUUGGCCUCUUCUGGUGCUUGGGCAUGUUUUGAUGAAUUUAACCGGAUUGACCUGGAAGUGUUGUCUGUUGUUGCACAGCAGAUCUUAUGCAUCAUUCGAGCUGUUCAAGCAAAUUUAGAUAUCUUUAUUUUUGAAGGGACCGAGCUGAAACUGAACCCAAACUGCUACGUUUGCAUCACAAUGAACCCUGGAUACGCAGGCCGGUCAGAAUUACCGGACAACCUGAAAGUUCUUUUCCGGACAGUUGCCAUGAUGGUUCCAAACUACGCAAUGAUUGCCGAGAUAUCCUUGUACUCCUUUGGGUUCCUUAGUGCUCGUAAUCUGUCCGUAAAGAUUGUCACAACGUAUAGGUUAUGCUCUGAACAACUCUCAUCGCAGUUUCACUAUGAUUAUGGAAUGAGGGCAGUGAAAGCUGUUCUCUCAGCUGCAGGAAAUCUUAAAUUGAAAUAUCCCGAUGAAGAUGAAAAUAUUUUGCUUCUUCGAUCAAUUAUUGAUGUAAACAUGCCAAAAUUCCUGUCACAUGACAUCCCUCUGUUCAAUGGGAUCAUCACAGACUUGUUUCCCGAACUGCUAAUGCCCGAAGCUGACUAUGUUGUUUUCUUGGAAUCCAUGAAGUCCGUGGCUGAGAAGAAAAAUCUACAAUUUGUUGAUUUUUUCAAAGAGAAAAUAAUCCAAACUUACGAAAUGAUGAUUGUCCGUCAUGGUUUCAUGAUUGUGGGUUUACCAUUUGGUGGAAAGACAAAGGUACUGGAAGUCCUGUCAGAAGGAAUGACUAAACUUAACGAGCAAGGGUGUGAAGACUACGAGAAGGUAAUCUACAGGAUUAUCAACCCUAAAUCGAUCACCAUGGGUCAGUUGUUUGGUCAGUUUGACCCCGUUUCACAUGAGUGGACAGAUGGCGUUGUAGCUAACACAUUCCGAGAAUUUGCAUCAGCCGAAAAUGAAGACCGAAAAUGGGUUCUGUUCGAUGGCCCCAUUGACGCCCUCUGGAUUGAAAACAUGAAUACUGUUUUAGACGACAACAAGAAACUGUGUUUGAUGAGUGGAGAGAUUAUUCAGAUGUCAGCGUCAAUGAGUCUGAUAUUUGAGACGAUGGACUUGGCACAAGCAUCGCCUGCAACAGUAAGCCGAUGCGGAAUGAUAUAUAUGGAACCAAUGAGCCUUGGUUGGCGCCCACUUGUCCAAUCAUGGAUAGCAGCAUUCCACGGACCAAUGUCUACAGAGAGAGAACUAAUUAACCUCAUGUUUCAAUGGUUGGUUGACCCGUGUGUAGAAUUUAUCCACAAAAAGUGUAAAGAGUACGUACCAACCAGUCAAGCCAGCCUUGUUGUGUCUAUGAUGAAGCUGGUCGACAUGUUGCUGCUUGGAUCUCCCCCUAAAGAAGAUAUUGACAGCAAGCGUAUGAGAAGCUACAUUGAGUCAGCCAUUAUGUUUUCGAUACCUUGGUCAAUUGGUGCCGUCAUUGACGUGGAUGGAAGACUCAGUUUCGAUUUAUUCUUCCGAGAACUCUAUACAGGCAAAAAUGAGUCCCACCCAAUUCCAAAGGCAAUUGGUAAAAUAGAUAUACCAAUACCCGAGGGAUCUAGUAUCUAUGACUAUUGGUUUGAGUUCAAACUGCGCGGUCAGUGGAAGCCAUGGACCGAGUUCAUUAAAGGUUUUGAAUCAACAGAAAAAGACAUCAGAAAUAUCUUAGUUCCGACGGUCGAUACAGUUCGUUACACAUAUCUUUUGAAUCUUUCUAUAGAGCAAAACAUGCCGAUGUUAUUUGUUGGCCCUACAGGGACAGGGAAGAGCUGUUAUGUCCAAGAUAAACUGAUGAAAGGAAUUUCAAAAGAAAAGUACAUUCCGACUUUUCUGAACUUCUCUGCUCAAACUUCUGCCAAUCAAGUUCAGACCAUUAUCAUGACAAGUCUUGUGAAGAGAAGGAGAGGGGUGUUUGGCCCUCUAAUUGGUAAAACAGCCAUAUUUUUUGUUGACGAUAUGAACAUGCCCGCUAAAGAAGUGUAUGGAGCUCAACCCCCUAUUGAACUACUGCGACAGUUUUUUGACCAUGGACACUGGUAUGACUUGAAAGAUACUACUCAACUUAUCCUAAAAGAUAUCCAGUUUCUCGCUGCCAUGGGUCCUCCAGGUGGUGCUCGCUGUGAUGUUACCCCAAGGUUUCUACGUCAUUUCAACAUUGUCGCAAUGAAUCCAUUCAGUGAGGAUUCGAUGGUGAGAAUAUUUUCAUCACUGAUGUCCAUAUACCUCCGAGCAGAAGAAUUUGGCACUGAAUAUCUUGGAACUGGAAACAUGGCUGUCAGUGCGACCAUGGAGGUUUAUAAGAAUGCUAUGAUUCAUUUGUUACCAACUCCAGCUAAGUCACACUAUGUCUUCAACCUGCGGGAUUUCUCUAGAGUCAUAUAUGGAGUGUGCCUCAUCAAGAAGGCAGAACUUGAAAACAAGAAAAUGUUUAUCAGAUUGUGGGUACAUGAAAUAAUGCGAGUGUUUUACGACAGAUUAAUUGAUGACAGUGAUCGAGAAUGGCUUUUCAAAAUGUGCCAGAGAUUAGUCAAAGAGACAUUCAAGGAAAAUUUUGAUUUGGUAUUUAAUCACCUUACUACAGAAGACAAGGUGUGUGAAGCAGACUUUCACAAUCUGAUGUUUGGGGACUACAUGAACCCAGACGCCAUGAUAGACGAAAGAGUGUACACCGAAGUGAAGUCACUGGACGAUAUGUAUCACGUUGUCCAUACAUACAUGGAAGAAUACAACAAUACCCACAAAACUUCAAUGGAUCUGGUCAUAUUUCGAUAUGUGUUGGAGCACCUAUCAAGAAUCUGUCGGAUUUUGUGUUCCCCUGGUGGCAAUGCUCUCUUGGUAGGAGUUGGUGGUAGCGGGCGCCAAUCUUUGACCCGAUUAGCCAACGCAAUGGCUUGCUACCAUUUGUUCCAACCAGAGAUUACCAAGAGUUAUGGAAAGACAGAGUGGAGAGAAGACAUAAAGGGUGUACUAAAAGAAGCUGGUGGUCUAAACAAGCCUGUAUCAUUCCUAAUCACUGACACGCAAAUCAAAGAGGAGAGAUUCCUAGAAGAUAUUGACAGUCUUCUCAACACUGGAGCUGUUCCCAAUCUCUUCACAGCUGAAGAGAGAGGUGAAGUUUUAGAGCUGGUGCGUCCUGCAGCCCAGGCUGGAAACAAAUCCGAAGAACUCAGUCUACUAGCACUGUUUGCAUUCUUUGUCAACCGUUGUCGAUUGAAUCUUCACAUAAUUAUUGCGUUCAGCCCAAUUGGUGAUGCCUUCCGUAACCGCUUACGCCAAUUUCCUUCCCUCAUUAACUGCUGCACAAUUGACUGGUUCCAGGCUUGGCCCCAAGAUGCUCUUGAAAGAGUUGCUAUGAAAUAUCUGCAGGAGGUCAAAAUCAGUAAGCCCAACCGAAUAACCACUGUCCAGAUUUGUCAAUACUUCCACGAGAGUGCCUGUGUGUUGUCAGAGCAAUAUCUUGCACAACUGGGUCGGCAUAAUUAUGUCACUCCAACAUCUUAUCUGGAAUUGAUCCAUGCCUUCAGAAGUUUGCUGGCACAGAAGCAAGAGGAAAUAAUGUCUGCCAAAAACAGAUAUGUCACUGGUUUAGAUAAGCUGAAAUUUGCUGCUGAACAGAUUGCCACUAUGCAGUCUCAACUUGAGAGUUUACAACCAGAACUCCUGAAGUCUUCAAAGGAAGCUGAAGACAUGAUUGAGGUGAUUGAGAAGGAAUCUGCCGACGUGGAAGUCACCACGAAGACCGUAAAGGCUGAUGAAGCUGUGGCAAAUGAACAAGCUGCAGAAGCAAAAGCAUUAAAAGACGAAUGUGAGGCAGAAUUGGCUGAAGCGAUUCCAGUCCUGGAAGCUGCCCAGGCAGCACUCGAUACUCUCAAGCCGGCUGAUAUCACAAUUGUAAAAUCCAUGAAGAGUCCUCCUGCUGGUGUGAAGCUGGUCAUGGCUGCUGUCUGUGUCAUGAGGGAUAUUAAACCAGAGAGGAUAGCAGAUGCAAGCACCGGCAGAAGGACUCUGGAUUACUGGGGCCCAUCAAAGAAGCUGUUAGGAGACAUUUCAUUCUUAAAUCAGUUACGAGAUUAUGAUAAAGAUAAUAUUCCGCCUCAUAUCAUGCUUAAGAUCCGGAACGAGUAUCUGACCAAUCCUGAGUUUGACCCAGCUAAAGUGGCCAAGGCUUCCUCGGCAGCCGAAGGUUUGUGUCGUUGGAUUUCUGCCAUGACAAUCUACGACAAAGUUAACAAGGCUGUUGCUCCUAAAAAGGUGAAACUAGCCGAAGCCGAAAGUAGCCUGAAGAUGACCAUGGCCAACCUGAAAGCAAAGCAAAAUGAAUUAAAAGCUAUCGAGAAACGGCUGGCUGACUUGAAAGAUUCAUUUAGAGAAACCAAAGAAAGAAAAAUGAACCUGGAAAAUGAAGUUGACUUGUGUGGCAAAAAAUUAACACGAGCUGAGAAACUGAUUGGUGGCCUUGGUGGGGAAAAAGACAGGUGGAUUGCAGCAGCUAAUUCUUUGCAAGAUACUUAUGAUAACCUGAUAGGAGAUAUAUUGAUAUCUGCUGGAGUGAUUGCCUAUUUGGGACCCUUCACAUCGGCAUUCCGAGAGAGGUGCAUCACAGAUUGGGUGCACCUGUGUAAAAGCAAAUCGAUUCCGUGUUCAGAUGAAUUCUACUUGAGUAAAACUCUUGGAGAACCAAUCAAAAUACAGGCUUGGAAUCUUGCUGGAUUACCAUGUGAUAAUUUCUCUAUUGAGAAUGGUGUUAUUGUAGCUAAUUCCAGACGCUGGCCAUUAAUGAUUGACCCUCAAGGUCAAGCAAACAAAUGGGUGAAGAACUCUGAGAAAAGCAAUUUGGCCGUAAUAAAACUGACCGACCCAGAUUACAUGCGGACUCUGGAGAAUUGCAUCCAGCUUGGCUAUCCUUGUCUGUUGGAAAAUGUCGGUGAAGAACUGGACCCAUCUCUCGAAUCUCUCCUGUUAAAACAAAUAUUUAAACAAGCUGGCGUCCGAAUGAUUCGUCUUGGAGAAAACAAUAUUGAGUAUAGCAUGGAUUUCCAAUUCUACAUCACAACUAAACUAAGGAACCCUCACUACCUGCCAGAAAUAGCUACCAAAGUAUCACUGCUAAACUUCAUGAUAACACCAGAAGGUCUUGAAGAUCAACUGUUGGAAAUAGUUGUAGCCAAAGAACGACCAGAACUAGCUGAAGAACGCCAGGCUUUAAUUUUUCAAAGUGCUGCCAAUAAGAGACAACUGAAAGAAAUUGAAGACAAAAUUUUGCACACUUUGUCAGAAUCCAAAGGAAAUAUUCUGGAAGAUGAAUCUGCAAUUCAGAUUUUGGAUUCAUCGAAAAUUCUGUCCAAUGACAUCUCAAAGAAACAAAUGGUGGCUGAGGAGACAGAAAAGAAAAUUAAUGCCUCAAGAGCUGGUUAUCGACCAAUUGCUAAACACUCUUCGACACUCUUCUUCUCCAUUGCUGAUCUUCCAAACAUCGAUCCUAUGUACCAAUACUCUCUCACCUGGUUCGUCAACCUCUAUAUUACAUCAAUCCAUGACAGUAAUAAAUCAAAGAUCCUGGAGAAGCGUCUUCGUUACCUGUCCGAACAUUUCACCUACAACCUCUAUUGCAAUGUCUGUCGGUCAUUAUUUGAGAAAGACAAGUUGCUCUUCUCAUUCAUUUUAACCACCAAACUACUAUUUGCCAAAGAUGAAUUGGACAAUGCAGAACUAUUGUUUCUCUUGACUGGUGGAGUUGGUUUGGAAAACAAACUUGCCAACCCGGAUACUAGCUGGUUGUCCGAUAAAUCAUGGGACGAAAUAUGCAGACUCACAGAUUUGAAAGCUUUCAAAGGAUUUCGGGAAAAUUUUGAGGGAGAUGUACGAAGCUGGUGCAAAUUCUACAACAGUAAGGAACCUCAUUUGGAAGACCUUCCAGGCCAAUGGCAAACCAAACUGGCUCAGUUCCAAAGAAUGAUGGUCUUGCGCUGUAUAAGACCUGAUAAAAUUAUUCCAGCAAUCACAAACUACGUGUCUGAAAAACUGGGCAAAAAAUUCAUCGAACCACCACCAUUUGAUUUAGCAAAGAGCUUCACAGAUUCUAAUUCUUGUUCACCCCUGAUAUUUAUUUUAUCUCCCGGAGCUGAUCCUACAAUGAGCUUGCUUAAAUUUGCUGAAGACAAAGGAUUCGGAGGCAAAAAGUUUCAAUCCAUCUCACUUGGACAAGGACAGGGUCCUAUUGCAGCAAAGAUGAUUGCUGUGGCUAAAUCAGAGGGCCACUGGGUCUUGUUGCAGAACUGCCAUUUAGCCGUGUCUUGGAUGGACGCUAUGGAAAAGAUCUGUGAGGAGUUAAAUCCUGAAGACACGGCUCCAGACUUCCGACUCUGGUUGACCAGUUAUCCCUCCCCAAAGUUUCCAGUAACAGUGCUACAAAAUGGAGUGAAAAUGACUAAUGAACCCCCAACUGGGCUCCGACAAAAUCUACUCCAGUCUUAUCUCACAGAUCCAAUCAGUGAUCCAGUGUUCUUCCAUAAUGCCAAAGGCAAAGAAUUGCAAUUUGAGAAACUGCUUUUUGGUUUGUGUUUCUUCCAUGCCCUUGUUCAAGAGCGACGAAAGUUUGGUCCGAUAGGCUGGAAUAUCCCUUAUGGAUUUAAUGAAUCUGAUUUAAGGAUUUCAGUGCAGCAACUUCAGAUGUUCAUCAAGGAAUACUCAGAGGUUCCGUUUGAAGCCAUCACAUACAUGACUGGAGAAUGUAACUAUGGAGGACGUGUCACUGAUUCCUGGGACAGGCGUUGCUUGUUGACCAUUCUAGCAGACUUUUACACCCCAGCAAUUAUAAAGGAAACCAAAUAUAGGUUCUCCUCCAGUGGUAUUUACUAUGCCCCUCAGAAGGGCACAUAUGACGAUUAUGUGGAAUUCAUCAAGGAGUUGCCGCUAAGUCAGCUGCCAGAGGUCUUUGGAAUGCAUGAAAAUGUUGACAUCACUCGAGAGCUGCAUGAAACUCAGCAGUUGUUUGAAUCCUUCUUGCUUACCAUUGGACGAAAAGAGGGUGGAGGCUCAGGAAGUUCAGUUGACACUCUCAGUGACAUUGCUACAGAUAUCUUGGCCAAGUUGCCCCAAAACUACAACAUCGAAGAAGGUAUAAAGAAAUAUCCUGUUGUCUACCAAGAAAGUAUGAAUACCGUUCUUGUACAAGAGAUGGAAAGAUUCAAUAAGCUUAUGCAAAUUAUCCGCUCAAGUCUUCUAAGUCUACAGAAAGCCAUCAAAGGUUUGGUUGUGAUGUCAGCAGACUUGGAAGCUUUGGCCAACAGCUUACUACUGGGCAAGGUGCCAGCUCUAUGGGCAAAACGGUCAUAUCCGUCCUUGAAGCCACUCGGCAGCUACAUGCAAGAUUUCUUAGAACGUCUCAAGUUUUUACAAUCUUGGUAUGAUUCAGAAAAACCCCCAGUGUUCUGGGUGUCUGGUUUCUUCUUCACUCAGGCAUUUCUCACUGGUGUCAUGCAGAACUAUGCCAGGAAAUACACAAUUCCUAUCGAUAAUCUAGCCUUUGAUUUUGAAGUGUUGCCUAUCACAAAAUCUGAGACCCCACCUGAUGACGGAGCUUACAUCCAUGGAUUGUUCCUUGAUGGUGCACGCUGGGACUGUAAUCAGGGUAUCCUAGUUGACCAGUUACCGAGGGUUCUAAUUGAACCAAUGCCCCUGAUUUGGUUGAAGCCCAGCUACAAGGAUAAUGUCGUUGAAGAUGGAAGCCGCUACAAUUGUCCAGUUUAUAAGACCAGUGAAAGAAGAGGGACUUUGUCGACCACUGGUCACUCUACUAACUUUGUCCUGGCCAUCCUUUUGAAUACAGGAAAACCAGUCCAGUACUGGAUCAAGCAGGGAACUGCUUUAUUAUGCCAAACUGAUGAUUAAAUUUUUACUGAGAAAAUAAACAUGGAUAUAUUGUGUUCUCUUAAAUACUAAA